AUGAAGCAAGAAGAAAGCGAAAGAUUCGAGACAUUCUUAGUAAGACUGCGCAAUCAAGCAGAUAAAUGCAAAUUUGCUGCUAAGGAUGAAAAUUUAAUUGACCAAAUCGUCGAAAAGGGCCAUAGUGCAGAAUUAAGGAAGAAGAUCCUAUCGGCGGGUGACAGUGUCACUCUUCAGCAGGUUAUUACAAUUGCCACCACGCUUGAAACUGUCAAUAGGCAGCUUGAUACAUUUGAAAAGCCAAGUCAAAGUAAAACAUAUGGUGAAACAAAUAAAUCUGAAAUUAAUAAAUUACAUACGCGGAAAUUUCCUUCAAAAAAUCAAACUUCUUCAAAGAAUUGCUUUAGAUGUGGCAGUAGUAAACAUCUAUCUUUUGAUGACAGUUGUCCUGCCAGAGAGAGGAAAUGCUUAAAAUGUGGGAUUAUCGGACAUUUUAAAGACUAUUGCAGGACAAAAUUACAGAAACGGAAAACACAAGCCAACAGCGAUGAGAAAACAGAUAGAUCAAAGAGACAAAGACUUAGUAAACCUUACAAAAACACAGAGGAAGUGGACUAUAUAUUUCAUUUAGACGAUGACGCAACUGUUACUUGUAAAAUCGGGGGUGUAGUUGUUGAAAUGUUGAUUGACUCUGGCAGUAAAUGCAAUAUUAUCACUGAGAAGACUUGGAAUUAUUUGAAAGGUCAUAAAAUAAAAGCAAUCAAUCAAAUCAAGAAGCCGGAUAAAAUAUUAUUGCCUUAUGGUAGUCAAAAACCUUUAGAGAUUUUUGGAUCAUUUGACGCCACUAUAACUAUUGAUGAUAAAGUUACUAAAAACACAACAUUUUAUGUAAUUCGAAACGGUACUCGUGACCUUCUAGGUAAAGUCAGUGCAAUACAACUUAAUGCUCUUCGGGUUGGUAAAGAAAUAUCACCAGUUAUCCAGCCGUAUCGGAGGAUACCAAUUCCCUUAGAAGAAAAAGUUAACAAAAAACUUAUCGAACUUAAAGAAGCUGACAUUAUUGAAGAAGUUAACGGACCUUCACCAUGGGUAUCUCCGAUGGUACCGAUAUUAAAAGAGAAUGGUGAGGUUCGGAUCUGCAUUGACAUGAGGCGAGCAAAUGAAGCUAUCAUUAGAGAGAACCAUCCACUCCCGACAAUGGAUGAGCUUUUACCAAAUUUUAGGCAGGCCAAGUAUUUCUCCCGACUUGAUAUAAAAAAUGCUUUCCACCAACUAGAAAUUGAUGAAGGUAGCAGAUAUAUUACCACUUUUAGCACCGGUAAAGGACUCUUCCGUUAUAAGAGACUGAUGUUUGGGAUAUCUUGUGCACCCGAAAUGUUCCAAAAAGUAUUAGAGAAGUUAUUGUUAGGAUGUGAAGGGACUGCUAACUUCAUAGAUGACAUUAUCAUCUAUGGGUCCGACGAAAAGGAGCACAACAGACGGCUCAAUAAAGUGCUGCAAGUGCUUAAAGAUAAUAAUGUCCUCUUUAAUGAAGAUAAGUGUAUCUUUAGAACGAAUAAAAUAGAAUUCCUAGGGCAUGAAUUAACAGCCGAAGGAAUAAAACCCCUAGAUAAAUAUACAGGGUUAUUGUAUUGGUCGGGUAUUCAAGAAAAGGCAUUUGAAAGCCUGAAGCAACAGCUGGCAGACAUAAAGACACCAGGUUAUUAUAAUCCGGCGGAUAAAACACAAAUAAUAGCAGAUGCUUCUCCAGUUGGGCUAGGGGAAGUACUCAUACAAAUUGAUGGUAAAGGCCCUCGUGUGAUAGCGUUUGGGAAUAAAAGUCUUACUGACUGCGAGAAAAGGUAUUGUCAAACCGAAAAGGAGGCGUUGGCAUUGGUAUGGGCCGUGGAGCAUUUCAAAAUAUACCUUUUAGGUAAAGAGUUUGACCUUAUCAGUGAUCACAAGUCCUUGGAGACCAUCUUUGGGCCCCGUUCAAAACCUUGUGCGCGUAUUGAACGCUGGGUACUUAGGCUGCAGGCGUAUAAGUACAAGGUCGUCUACUGCCCAGGAAAAGACAAUAUCGCAGACCCAAUUUCUCGGCUUUGGAAAUCAAAUCAACUUGUACCAUUUGACAGUGAAAAUUAUCUUAAUUCUAUUGUUGAAUAUAGUAGACCGGUUGCAGUACCCCUAAAUGAGAUCGACUCAGCUAGUGCAACAGACGCUGAAAUUACAGAUUUAAAAAACGGAGUAUUCUAUAACAAGUGGGAUGAAUCUGUUACCGCUUUUAAACCUUUUCAAACUGAGAUUUGUUUCCAUGGCAAUAUUGCAUUAAGGGCUAAUAAGCUUAUUAUCCUCAAGAAACUUCGUGAUAGAGUUCUCGAAUCUGCUCACCUAGGACAUCCCGGUAUAGUGGCCAUGAAGACAAGCCUUAGAACCAAGUGGCCAAAGAUCGACAGGGAUGCGGAGAAUAGAGUUAAGGCUUGCAAAGCGUGUACACUUGUGUCAGCACCAAACCCACCCCAUCCGAUUAAAAGAAGAGUUCUUCCUGUUGAGCCUUGGAUUGACGUGGCGAUCGAUUUUCUUGGACCACUGCCAUCAAAUGAUUAUUUACUCGUUCUUGUAGACUACUUUAGUCGGUAUAAGGAGAUAAAAGUCAUGAAGAAUAUUACAGCAGCAGAAACGAUUAAUGAACUUAAGGAAAUAUUUUCUCGGCUUGGAUACCCUGUUACGAUGACAUGUGACAACGGUAACCAAUUUACUAGUGACAACUUUAGGGCAUUUUGUAAAGAAUGUGGUAUUACGCUAAACAAUACUAUCCCGUAUUUUCCACAAAUGAAUGGAGAAGACGAACGCCAGAAGAGAUGUUCUUAA